GGUGGUGCGAGGCUCACACCAGGAGGGGAAUGAAAGUCUGUUCUGUGGCCACCCAGACCCUUCCGUCAGAGCUGGCCACUUCUGCCUUUGGAAAGUGUUUCACAAUGCCCUGGGCAUGUGUGAGGACAGCCGAGUUGAGCUGAAGAUGCGUAAAAGGCUAUAGACCCACACACUCACCGGUUCCCAGAGAGGACGGGUGGGCCAGAGAGCCACCCAGCACAUCACUCACACAGAGAGCGUCUGAGUCUGUGGUCCUCAUGACAGUCUUCCCUGCUCAGAGCCCAUGCCCUCUCCACAUCCUCUGUGGCAAGAAGCCAUCAGGAUCUGGGGACCUCUGCAUUCACAUGGAAGGAGAGGAAUUCAGAAGGCUCUGCUUCUCACUCAUCUUCUGGAAGGUCUGGUCGAGGGAUGGAUGUGAUGGACUGAAGAAAGGAAUCAAGGGCUCCUAUUCGGCUGGGGCUUCAUUUGCUUUUGCCCUGCCACCAGAAACAGGCAGGUCAACUCACCAAGGCUCUUGGGGCCCCUGGCAGGUGACACAGGCCCCCCAAAGCAGAGCAAAACCCAAUAUGGCUCCAUCUCCAGCCCACCGAGCCCAGGGCCACCACAAGUACCUCCCGGAGGGACCUACCUGAGUGAGAAGAUCCCCAUUCCGAAUGCAGAACCGGGCACAUUCAGCCUCCGCAAGCUGUGGGCCUUCACUGGGCCCGGCUUCCUCAUGAGCAUUGCUUACCUGGACCCGGGAAACAUCCAGUCGGAUCUUCAGGCUGGUGCUGUGGCUGGAUUCAAACUGCUCUGGGUGCUGCUGUGGGCCACGGUGUUGGGAUUGCUCUGCCAGCGACUUGCUGCCCGGCUGGGCGUGGUGACAGGCAAGGACUUGGGUGAGAUCUGCCAUCUCUACUACCCUAAGGUACCCCGCACCCUCCUCUGGCUGACCAUGGAGCUAGCCAUCGUGGGCUCGGACAUGCAGGAAGUCAUCGGCACAGCUAUUGCCUUCAAUCUGCUCUCAGCUGGAGGAAUCCCACUCUGGGGUGGUGUCCUCAUCACCGUCGUGGACACUUUCUUCUUCCUCUACCUAGAUAACUACGGGCUGCGGAAGCUGGAAGCCUUCUUUGCAUUCCUUAUUGCCAUUAUGGCCUUCACCUUCGGAUAUGAGUACGUGGUGGCGAGGCCUGCUCAGGGAGCACUUCUUAGGGGCCUGUUCCUGCCCUACUGUUCUGGCUGUGGCCAGCCCGAGCUGCUCCAGGCCGUGGGCAUCGUUGGCGCCAUCAUCAUGCCCCACAACAUCUACCUGCACUCGGCCCUGGUCAAGUCUCGAGAGGUAGACCGGACCCGCAGGGAGGACAUUCGAGAAGCCAACAUGUACUUCCUGAUUGAAUCCACCAUCGCCCUGUUUGUCUCCUUCUUCAUCAACCUCUUUGUCAUGGCUGUCUUUGGGCAAGCCUUCUACCAGCAAACCAACCAGGCUGCGUUCAACAUCUGUGCCAACAGCAGCCUCCACGACUACGCCAAGAUCUUCCCCAGGAACAACCUGACGGUGGCUGUGGACUUUUACCAAGGCGGCGUGAUCCUGGGCUGCCUCUUUGGCCCCGCCGCCCUCUACAUUUGGGCGGUGGGUCUUCUGGCUGCGGGACAAAGUUCCACCAUGACCGGCACCUACGCGGGACAAUUUGUGAUGGAGGGCUUCCUGAAGCUGCGGUGGUCACGCUUUGCCCGCCUCCUGCUCACUCGCUCCUGCGCCAUCCUGCCCGCCCUGCUGGUGGCUGUCUUCAAGGAGCUGCGGGACCUGUCAAGCCUCAAUGAUCUGCUCAACGUGCUGCAGAGCCUGCUGCUUCCCUUCGCGGUGCUGCCCAUCCUCACGUUCACCAGCAUGCCCGCCCUCAUGCAGGAGUUUGCCAGUGGCCGGGUGAACAAGGUCAUCACUUCCUCCAUCAUGCUGCUGGUCUGUGCCAUCAACUUUUACUUUCUGAUCAGCUACCUGCCCAGCCUCCCCCACCCCGCCUACUUCGGCCUUGUAGCACUACUGGCUGUCAUCUACCUGGGCCUCACCACCUACCUGGUCUGGACCUGUCUUAUCGCCCAUGGAGCUACCCUUCUGGUCCACAGUUCCCAUCAACACUUUCUGUAUGGGCUUCUGGAAUAGGAGCAAGAGAAGGAAGGAGCUCGGGAUGAGCUCCCCGCCAGGGCUUGGCUGAAGGUGGAAUGCGUGGGGCAGAUGGGCCUGCUGGACAGGUGGACAUGGGGGGGGGACCCGCUGUGUGGAAGCAGCAAGAUGGAGCAGGUUUUGGAAGCAGGCCAACCUGAGUUCCUUAGGGACCUGCAGUUUCCUAGCUUGGACAAGUUACUCAACCUCUGGAUCUCAGUGUCUUCAUCUAUAAAAUGGGACAACACUAAUCUUGCAAUGGAUGUAAAGCAAUGUAACACAGAGACUGGCACCUGAGACCAAAAAAAAAAAAAAAAAUCGAAAAGUAUUUAUUGAGCACCUAUAGAACUGAGCUGACAGGCCCAGUUAGGAGUGGAACACAGGCUCCAAACAGGUAUUUAAAAUAGAGUCUGAAGACUGCUAAAUAAAUGCUUAUUAAUUUUUUAUCCAAAAA